GCCGGCCGCUUCCUCGGCGCGUCCGGGCCAGCCAUGGCGCUCAACAAUUUCCUCUUCGCGCAGUGCGUCUGCUACUUCCUGGCCUUCCUCUUCAGCUUCGUGGUGGUGGUGCCGCUGUCCGAGAACGGCCACGACUUCCGCGGCCGCUGCCUGCUCUUCACCGAGGGCAUGUGGCUGAGCGCCAACCUGACGGUGCAGGAGCGCGAGCGCUUCACGGUGCAGGAGUGGGGCCCGCCGGCCGCCUGCCGCUUCAGCCUGCUCGCCAGCCUCCUCUCGCUGCUGCUCGCCGCCGCGCACGCCUGGCGCACGCUCUUCUUCCUCUGCAAGGGACACGAGGGCUCCUUCCUCUACGCCUUCCUGAACCUCCUGGUCAGCGCCUCCGUGGUCUUCCUCGUCUUCAUCGCCAGCACCAUCGUGAGCGUGGGCUUCACUAUGUGGUGUGAUGCCAUCACGGAGAAGGGCACUGUGCCCCACAGCUGUGAAGAGCUCCAGAACAUCAAUUUGGAGCUGAGCGUGGACAACUCUGCCUUCUAUGACCAGUUUGCCAUCGCCCAGUUUGGCCUCUGGGCCUCGUGGCUGGCCUGGCUGGCCAUCACCAUCCUGGCUUUCCUGAAAGUCUACCACAACUACCGCCAGGAGGACCUGCUGGACAACCUGGUCCACGAGAAGGAGCUGCUCCUGGCCAGGCCGACCCCCCGGGCCUCCUUCCAGGAGGAGAAGAGCGCUGUCAUCUAGGACGCCCCCCACCCCGCCCGGUGCUCACGGCCCGACCCAGGGGAGCGGCUGGGGACUCUGCCUGGCCCCGCCUGCCCCUCGCCUUGCAUGUCUCCCUUCGGCACUGUGUGAUGUGAGUGACCCUGCUCACCCAAGCACCCCAUUCCCACCUUGAGUGUGGCAGUUGACUGGGGUGGGCGUCAGCCCUCAGACAGGGACACACAGAGACUGCGGGACCCCCUCCGGGCCUCACACACACGCAACACGCCUGUCCCGGGGGCACUGGCGGGCGAGCCUGGGUGGGGGGCGGUCCACCCUCGUGGACGCCUCUGGCCAUAGGGCUUGCAGGUCCUGCCUCGGAUGGACGCUGUCUCCACCUGCUUGCCCAGGUGUGAUUCUGUGCCCGAUCCUGUGGCAGCAGCCCGUGUCCCCAGAGUGACCCCAACCCACGAUGGCCACUUGUCACUCUUGUCCCUUGUUCCUGAGCAGUGUGUGGGGCCUGGGAGCAGGGGGCCGACGGCAGGAAGGAGCUGCCCUGCCCUGUGUGGCCCGUCUUCUGGCCCCGCGCUUCCCCCACCCCUGCCGCAGGGUUGAGUUCCCUGUGCUCUGGCUCUGUGGCCCCGGUGGCCAGGCGGGUCUCAGCAUCCAAAGCGCAGGGCCAGUGGUGUUGCCUGCAGUCAGGUGGUGGCUGUGCGGGCGUCCUGGCAAGUGGCUGUGGUGUCAGAGCUGGGAGCCGGCGCCUGGUGCCCCAGGACUGGCUGGGGGAGCCCCGCAUGGCCCUGCCUGGAGGGGCACAGUGUGGGGAGGUGGGGACAUGGGCUGGGGGCGCCCCACCUCCUAUGGAGGGAGGGAUGGGGCAGGUGCCGCUGCAGGUGCCUGCGCGCGUGUGAGUGCACGCGAGGGUGUGAAGGUG